UUCUACGAUCUAUAGUUGACGGUUUUACCAUAAUAUUCUGGCUGACAUAAGAAUGGUUAGAUUGUCGAAAGUGUGCGAAUGUUUCGACAAAUACUGAUGCUUGCCUGGGCGCUGUGUGCCCGCAUCGUCGUCAGUCUGGACUGCGAGGAACUAGCCGCUCAGUGCCGGGAGUAUGGCAAGCAAGAGCAUCUAACCUUGGAGCGCUUAAUGAGCUUGAGUAUACCCUGGCCGUUGACCGGGAGAUUCUGCAGGAAUUAUCAUAUCAGCCUGUGGGCGAAGCCUUUUGCCGUGUUUCUAUGCGCCCUGAUCGUGAACGCGGGUGCUUCGCAGAUACUCCAACCAGAGCGGGCACUGCGUACGCGACCUGCUCUGACCCGCUGCCCGGAAUUCCUCGCUGACAAUCCCAGCGGAUGGUACGACUCCGAGAUGCUCGUCGCCAUGGGCCGUCUCUGCGCGACCAGCAUCGCCCCGGUCAAAUACUUUCGCGCGGACACCCUUCCGCUCAGCGCUGGGCCAUUCGAAGAUAACUACUGACCUCUUCCGCUAUCCAGCAAAUAUGACGACCAUAAACGCCGAAAUCUACCUGUCGCCGAAUAAUCGUCGCCGACCCGGUUGUAUCAUAACCUCAACUGUGUUUGUGCGAAUGCUUGGUUGUACAUUAUGAGCAGUAACUCGCGCUUUUGCGCUUCUCAUCCUUUCUCAUCCUAAAACUACAGUCUGUGGACUACAGCCGGCAGAUUGCAGAACGUAUGCCGGGAA